AUGUCCACGCUCUCUUAUCAGCAGCAGUACCAGCAGAUCCUGGCAGACCUGACGGAGUUACAGCGCGAGGAUGUGUACGUUGGCGCCCUGCGCAUCCCUGAAGACGCCAAAACACGGCAAGCCUACUAUGCGCAGUACUGGCUCGCCCUCUACGUGCGGUACUUGCGGCUGGCGCGGCAGCUCGCCGUGAUUCAUGACAUGGAGCUCCAGCCACAGCGCCGCUGCGAUGUGCGCACUUUACUCGACAGCUGUCUCGGACGCAUGCUUGAGGCUCGCUACAGUAUUGUCGAGCACUGCGGCGACUACGUGGCGCUGGACGACACUCUGGAAGAGAUGAAGCUGUCCCCAGCGGAACUGGAGCCGCCGCUGCCAACCUACCUCCUCGAGGACCGCCACGAAGCUCUGCUGCAGGAUCGAGCGUACGUCAUGUCUCUGCAGCAGCACUACAAGGAAACAGAGUCUGAGGUGGCGCCGGUGGCGCUCGCGGCAGCUGCGCACAGCGCGGCUCUCUUCGCUGAGGACCCCACCAAAGCACUGCCACCGUUUGCCACCACCGCGAAGGUAGCGACAAUGGCAGAUGACAAGUCAGCGCCGAUGCCUGUCGAGGAAGCGGUGCGCAUCGUGCAGCUCGCUGAGCGCGGUCGCCAAGCUCGGCAACGAUCAACGAUACAACUGCAGCUCUUUCGCCAGCAGCAGUACGCUGCCAUGCACGGAGCAGCACUGCAGUCUCUGACAGGCAAGGAUCGGGCGGCGACCAUCGUACAGAAAGUGGCUCUCGGCUAUCUUCAGCAGAAGCGUGCCAAGGCGCGGUACCAGCAGGAGCAGGAGCUGCUGGGGAUGACCAGCACGGCGGCCAUCCGCAGUGACGCGGCGAGGGUUGCUGCUGGCGUCCGCCACGACGAUCGAAAGGCGCAGCAGCGAGUGAACCAGGCAGAGCUGAUGCAGAAGACGCUUGAAAUGAGUCGUCAGUUGAAGCGUCAGGAAGGGCCCAAGACGCUUGAGGUGAUGCUUGACGAAAUGUUGAUGCACAUGGCCUACGCGCACCUUGACGGGAGGGCGAAGGACGGCGUUAUGGACAUCCCGGCAGUGGAGGAUGGAGGUACAUUGGCACUGCUCGGCCGCCGUACUCGCAAGAACGGUUUGGCUAGUUUUUCUGGUGGAGCCGAAGCGAGCAGUGGUAAACAGGCAAGCCUUGCCGCGAUAGGGCACAGUGGUCGUUCGGCAUCUCAUGCACCCGACGGUGACGAAGUCGUCAUCACUGGUACGAAGACCGACCGCCGUCAGUCCUCUCGCCGCCGAGGCGAUGGCGAUGCUGCAGCUACCGCCUUGCCCGCCGCACCCCCCAGCGUCUUCCUCGACCAUGUCUCCUCCACUGCAGAACGACACAACACGCUGUGGAUAGAGCACUUUCAGCGCACCCGCGUCGAGAAGGGCGACCUUGAUCAGCCCUAUGAUGAAGCAUUGCUGAGGCGAGAGUUGAUGGAUGGCCCCCGCGGCGUUAUGCAGGACCUGCGCCGGUGUGUGGACCAGCUCGUGAUGAUGGAGGUGAACAACCUCAAGGAACACCUCGAAGCAGACAUAGACGCUGGUUACAACAAGAUGGGCGGCAACAUGGACAAGAAUACGAGUGCUGGCAUCAAACCGAAACUCCUUGACCCGUCCAAGGGGCAAGGACUUGGUCUCUUUCCUCUAAUCCCCCUUGUACGAUAA